AUGACAUCAAAACUUUCACCACUCUUGAAGUUUCACCCAGUCAUAAAACUUUAUUCAAGGCAUCUAACGUUUUGGCCAGAAACCUUAACGAAAAAGAGUCAACGUCUCUACACGAAGGCAUAUCCAACCACACUACAGUUUCCUGAUGGUAGUACUAUAACUAUACCAUAUCCAGAACAGAUUGGUGUUAUUAAGUUACCUUUAGAUCUUAGCACAUUAUCAGAGGAAGAACGAAAAGCAAGAUUAAUGAAACGUAUACCCAAGACAAAAAUUGUAAUUCAAGAAGAAAUCGAAGAUGACUUCGAUGAAUCUCGUUACUUGAAAUUCAGACAGAAAUAA